CAUUGAUACUAGUCACCGGAAGUCCCUAGGAGCUGGACGAUACUAUUGAGCAAGGUCAACGUGUCUCUCUCAGUUCUAGCUUCGCUAUUCCAGUCUCUCAACGUCCGCUUUUGGCUCGGCCCGUCAAAUCCCUCAGCCAUGCCUUUUCUCCGACCAAAAUGGCUCAUAGUACUCGGAGCCUUGAUUACUACCUCGCCUGCAGUCGAAGUUGACUUGGUAUUCCCUCGCAGUGAGACCUCAUACUCACCAGCCGAGUGGUUUCCGUUCGUCUUCGCUGUGCAGAACACGGAAAGGGCAGAGCUUCUCAAUCUCCGCAUGUCCUGCCGCAUUUACAAACGCAAUAACGGGCUGGAUUUUGGCAAAUUAUCUGUCGUCCAUGAUUUCUCAUGGACAAAUUGGUCGGGCAGCACAGACCCUUACUUUGCCUACGACUACUUCCACAAUAGCUUUAACACAUCCAAUAAUUGGCUGCUCCAAUGCCAGAUACGCUGGGAAAGCUGCGAUGUCGAGGGACUGAGCCAUUAUCUUCCUCAGCAUGGGAUCAAUGACCAUGAAUACACCUGGACUAUGGGCUUCUACAUCGACAACUCUAGCCUUAAAGAAGUGGACCUUGUGGCAGCAACUGCCAAUGGCACCUGCCCUGGGAGCCAGAACGCCGUCGCCAUCAAUGUGACAGACAAAGUCAUGGAUUCACCCUCAGAUGAAAACACCGCACACCGCGACACGUGUGUUGUUACAACAAACACAACUGCCAGCCCCACGACAUCUAUCCCGGAUCCCUGUCGCAUUGCGAUAGACAAGGAUACCGCCGAGAGCAUGGCGGCCGCUCAGCAGCAGCGCUUCUGCUAUCUUCCAGUUCCCCCUGAUAACUGUCCUAAAGAGGAGAAUGGGGCUACCCAAUUGGCUGUACUCGGUGUAUGUGGAAUUUUGACGGUAGUUGGGGCUUUGGGCUUUGCCGUCUUGUAGAUAGACACUUGUUGAUGUAUAGCACGGGCCGACGUGCUUUAUCUUUCCUCGUUCUUGCGCCUAUCACCCUUCAAAGGCACCAUGAUAUAGGUAGUCAUCAGCAUAUCUUUG